AUGGACAAGCACACCAAGAAGGGUCCGUGGACUCCGGCCGAGGACAGGGCGCUGCUUUCGCUGGUCCAGGAGCUCGGCCCGCAGAAUUGGGUCCGAAUCGCGUCGUCGCUGCAGUUCCGGUCGCCCAAGCAGUGCCGCGAGCGGUACCACCAGAACCUCAAGCCGUCGCUCAACAAGUCGCCGAUCUCGGACGACGAGGGCGCGGUGAUUGAGGACCUGGUCAACAAGCUGGGCAAGAAGUGGGCGGAAAUCGCGCGCCUGCUGAACAACGGGCGCAGCGACAACGCCAUCAAGAACUGGUGGAACGGCGGCGCCAACAAGCGCAAGCGCGCCCGCUCGCUGACAAGCGUCAACACCGCGAGUUCCCCGGCGCACCCCGGCAUUAACGGCGCGGGCGCGCUGUCGCCGCCCAUGGCCUACGCCAAGAGCCCCGGCGCGUACGCGCCGCACUCAGCAGGCCCACAGCCCGUUUCUGUGGUUUCCUCCGUGUCGCAUGCAUUACCUUCCGCGCUUCCCACGCCGCCCGGGGCGUCGCUGGCGCCCGCGCGGCAGUCCGCGACCGUGGGCGCAUCGAGCACACCGCCCUCGCUGUCGCCGCCACUUCGAUCGCGCGCGCUGCCCUCGACUUCGCUUCCGCCGGUGACUUUUCUUCAACAGCCGAUGUACAUGCUUCCCUAUGCUAACAUGUCUUCAGGCCCCGCCCAGCCACCGCUUCCCCCGCCACCGUUUCACGGAGUCAAUCAGUUUUACGCCCCCGCUCAGCCCUUGCUGCAGCGGCCGUCUCACUCCCAGCAUGCACCGCAGCAACUGCAAUCCCACCCACACUCGCUAAUGCAUGCCCUGCCGCACUCCAAGAGCCAAUCCGAACUCCCGUCGCUGAACUCCGGCCCUCGGCCGCGAUCAAGAAGGACCUCGGUAUCAAUUGAGAACAGAGGUUCUGCCGACGCGAAGAACGGCCCUUCGAGUGGCACUUCCAGGAGGUCUUCGAUCGCCUUCUUGGAUGGAUUUGGAAGCAAUAAGCGUCCAAAUUUUAAUCAGAACGGUUCUCCUUUGACCUUCAGCAGGCGCGUGAGCGCGGUGUCCCUCGGCCCUUCAGCCAGCAACAGUUCAAGUACCAGCAGCAUUCUUUCAUUUCCCGUUGGAUCUUCCGGAGUCGGAAGCGCAGCAACCAGCCAGGCCACCCCGCCCGGCUCGCUCAAUGUUGCAUCCAACGCCUCACCCCCGCCUGGUGCGACAUCUAAAUCAACGGGUGAAAUUUUUAAGCUUGAUUUCAAGUUCGGCGAUAAUCGCGUACAAAAGGGCACUCCUGCGAACUCUAAACCCAAGCUGCAUACAAGCUUCGCGAGCGAAAAAUCGUGUCAGCAGGCUGUUAAUCCUCCAAGAGUUCCGGAGCAGUCCCGGGUCAAACUGCAUGAUCUUCUCAACGACUCCAACGAUGAUGAUCAACCAAGUAAUAGUACGGUUUCAUAA